GGGAGUGAUAUUUUGAUAUGUGUAUGUUAUCGAAAAUAAUUUAUAUCCCGCUAGAAAAUUAGGUAAAAUUCCUAAUGUACGAUGCUUGGAAUCAGUUAACUUUAUUUUUGUUAGGCUAGUGUUCUUUGAUUCCGGUGACCUUGUAAAUAAAGUACAUCAUAAACAGAUAUGUGAUUAUAAUUGUAAUUAUUAUCACGCCACAUUCUUUCAAAAAGAAAUGAAGUGAUACUUUGGAUUAUUUUUAGAAAUCUUUAUGAUCUUACACGUGGCAAGUGUAAACUAAUUCAGUGAAAAAACUAUAUAAAUACUCAUUCUUAUUUGCUCACACGUUUACGGUAAAAAAGAAGAAGAAGAAGGUUAUGAUGAUGAAGUUCUGCGUACUGCUGUUUAUUGUCCAAGUGUUCACAAUGUUCAUCAAGCCAAGCGAAGGAGGUGGAGAAAGCGACAAAAACACAUUAUCCAUACCAAAAGGACCACAAUAUUUCAAAAGUAAAAACCAUGAAUAUGAUGCGAUAUAUUAUAUUCUAAACGAUAAUUGGAAGCCGUUCAGUAAAAAUUUCAGGAAUUAUUUAGAAAAGUGCAAAGUUGCACUCGGAGUUCAGUAAAUUCAGUAAAGUGAGUGAAAUUAAGUGUAUCUAUAUUACGCCAGUUCUCUUAGGCUUAAAUUCGGAGGAAACAAUUUGAUCUAAGUAAAAACAUAGCAUGAAAGGGCCACAUUAUUUCCUCCAAUUACUUUGUGAACAAACACGUGAAUAACAUGCAGGCAAAUAUACCACAUUCGAAAACAAUCAGAGAAACUGUUGGUGAAUAUAUGAGUAGACAAGUGUCACCAUGCAACUACAAAUAUGCAGCUGAUAAAAUGAAAAUAGACAGGAUUAUCUUGUGCGCACUAUUUAACAUGUACAUAAAUAAUAAUUUUAUCAUUUUGAAAAUAAGUCAAAAUAUGCUUUCAUCUCCAUGAAUGUAGUGUCAAAGUGUAUUCUAUCGAAAUGUGUUGACUAAGUAUAUUUGAAUAUAUUACAGAGAGUGAAGUUACAUUCACGCGAUAAUGUUUCAACCCACGUGACAUCAACAAAUUGAUGGAUACUGACACGAGUAAAUGGAAAGAAUAAAUAAAGUAAAGUAGGGCAGAUGCAACAGAAAUAGGCAUCACAGUGUGACAACUUUCAUAUGUUCAAUAUGAGAAUACAGGUAAGAUGUGAAAUAACAUUCACCACCUCCCGACUGAAUUCAAAAUGUGGCUUUCGGAAUAGAUGGGAGAAGCGCUAAUCACUGCGCCUAGAACGGAACACCUGAUCUCUGUGUUGAUUGCGAUGCAGUUGAUUUGUGGAAGUCAAUUCGCUGGAGACCAGAAUUCAAAUGCAUCUGCCACAUAGUCUGACCAGAAACCCGUGUUGCACUCCACAGUCAGCAUACUGUCAGACGUGAUUGUAAUCACUGCUGGAUUGUCAUGUAUUUCUCAAGCACAGACGUCACCUCCUGCAGUCGAGAAUAACGCUUUCUGUCUUCUUUCAUGCUCACUCUCUCGUUCAGUUUGUUAGUGGGCAAUCGCGCUUAUUGGAAAUAUUUGCAAUCAUCACAAUGACUGUUAGCGUCGUAUUGGUUUCUGAACAGACUGUUUGAAUUCACCAUUCAUAAAUCAAUUCAAUAUGUGUUCAGAACCCGUCUGCAUAUGCACAAGAAAUUGAACAAACCUUUUGCUAUGACACCAGUUACCGUUCAUAUGACGUGGUCUUCACUCUACUGGUUUGACCUCCUGAAGUCUCUGUGUAAUCUCUUCUUCCUCGAUCGUAGGAAUAUUUUUGUAAUUUCGUCGAUUCUAUUUUUGUAUUUCAAGUUUUCCUCAAAAAUGUGCUUCUCGCUGUCUUUCUCCAGUUCAGUAAAUUCAGUAAAGUGAGUGAAAUUAAGUGUAUCUAUAUUACGCCAGUUCUCUUAGGCUUAAAUUCGGAGGAAACAAUUUGAUCUAAGUAAAAACAUAGCAUGAAAGGGCCACAUUAUUUCCUCCAAUUACUUUGUGAACAAACACGUGAAUAACAUGCAGGCAAAUAUACCACAUUCGAAAACAAUCAGAGAAACUGUUGGUGAAUAUAUGAGUAGACAAGUGUCACCAUGCAACUACAAAUAUGCAGCUGAUAAAAUGAAAAUAGACAGGAUUAUCUUGUGCGCACUAUUUAACAUGUACAUAAAUAAUAAUUUUAUCAUUUUGAAAAUAAGUCAAAAUAUGCUUUCAUCUCCAUGAAUGUAGUGUCAAAGUGUAUUCUAUCGAAAUGUGUUGACUAAGUAUAUUUGAAUAUAUUACAGAGAGUGAAGUUACAUUCACGCGAUAAUGUUUCAACCCACGUGACAUCAACAAAUUGAUGGAUACUGACACGAGUAAAUGGAAAGAAUAAAUAAAGUAAAGUAGGGCAGAUGCAACAGAAAUAUGCAUCACAGUGUGACAACUUUCAUAUGUUCAAUAUGAGAAUACAGGUAAGAUGUGAAAUAACAUUCACCACCUCCCGACUGAAUUCAAAAUGUGGCUUUCGGAAUAGAUGGGAGAAGCGCUAAUCACUGCGCCUAGAACGGAACACCUGAUCUCUGUGUUGAUUACGAUGCAGUUGAUUUGUGGAAGUCAAUUCGCUGGAGACCAGUAUUCUGAUGCCUCUUUCACUUAGUUUGAUUGGAAAACAUUUUUUCAUUUCGUGUUUUUGAUUAUUGUGAUGUAUAUUUUCUUAGUGUUUGUCUUUUUUUUGGAUAUUUUCUUGAUUAUUUUGAAUUUUGGUAUUAUUUCUGAUUUGUUGUUUGCUCUUUGGGUUUUUCUAUACGUAGUAUUUUUAAUAUGUUUCGCUUAUUCAUCUUUUUUCGCUUUUCUUUUCGGAUUUUGAUUCUCAAUUCUAAUCUAAGAUUAUAUUCAUUCGUUUACUGUAAUACUUUCCAACCAUUCCAUCAAUUGUUGGUUUCAUUGAAUAUUUCAAUUAUACUUCACUCUUCGGUGUAUCAGAAACUUUACAUGUGUAAUUUUUUAUUUAAGUUUGUUUAACUUCUUCAUCUAUUAUCAAAUUAAUGCGGCUUUAUCUACAUUCAUAUCUUGUUUGAUUUGUAGAAAUCCGUUGGGAGUGGCUUCGUUUUAUCUCCGCGUUGCAAUUACUGAUUCACUCAGUUUCUUGCAUUAUGCCGAAGGAGAAAUACACUCAUAAGUUCUUUUACACAACAAAUUAAUACAAAUGUUUUCAAUUUCUUUUAAACCAUGUAGUUGUAGUUUCUGUAAUUUUAAAUGUUCAAUAAAUUUCUUUUCAAAGAUAACUAAUAAAUCACAAUAUUUCACAAUCC